AUGCGCUGCGCCGUCGUCACCGUUGCCGUCUCUAAGGACCGCACAAGCAUCCGCACCGUCGAGGAAGCCGUCAAGAGCGUCAUCGGCCCCAUCUACGACAAGUUCCACCUCGUUCCCGAUGAGCUCAUCCGCAUCGCCGACCUCUCCGUCUCCGCCGCUCAGCAUUCUCCCUCGCCCGCCCCUCCCACCGCCUCCGACAUCGCCGAAGCCGCCUUAGCCAAGUGCAAGCCAGCGACGAAGGAGGUGUACGAGAGGUUCGAGGCCAAGGCGGAGCAGUGCGGAGCGACGGCAUGGCGGCGGCUGUUCCCUCCUGCGCCGAAGGCGGCAUGUUGGACGGAGAAGUACAACGAUAAAGUUUUGACGGCGGCGAAGGGUUGUAGGGUUUCGGCAUUGGUUCCUAUGGAGAAGAUAGCGAGAAUACUCAGUGAGAAACGCGCAUGA